AUGAGACAGAGAAGGUGGCCUGAACUUCUGAAAGAUUAUGACUUUGACUUGAGUUACCAUCCUGGUAACGCUGGUGUUUUGAGUAGAAAGUCUUUGCAUAUGUCGAUCCUUAUGGUUAGAGAGUUUGAACUGAUUGAGCAAUUCAGGAAUAUGAUUUUAGUAUGCGAAGAAAUUCCUAACAGUGUGAAGCUAGGUUUGCCUAAGACAGCUAAAGGUAGUGAUUUAAUUUGGGUGAUAGUAGAUAGAUUGACUAAGUCGUCUUAUUUCUUAUCGAUGAGGAUCAAUUACUUAUUGGAUAAGCUAGUUGAGUUGUAUAUCAAUGAGAUUGUGAAAUUGCAUGGUAUACCUUGGAGUAUUGUGUAUGAUAAAGCUCUGAGGUUAACAUCCAAAUUUUGGAAAAUUUUGCAGAAGGCGCAGGGUUCUGAGUUGAAGUUGAGUUCAUCCUAUCAUCCGCAGAUGGACGAUCAUACUGAAAGGACUAUCCGGUCUUUUGAAGAUUUGUUGAGGUCUUGUAUGCUAGAACAAGGAGGUGCUUGGGAUAGCCACUUGUCAUUGAUUGAGUUUACCUACAAUAUUAGUUUCCAUGCUAGUAUUGGAAUGACACUAGUUAUUCCGGUGACUGGUGUUGGGAGAGCUUUGAAGUUCUGUAAGCUCACUUCAAAUUUUGUUUGUCCUUAUUACAUAUUGCAGGGGAUAGGAGAGGUAGCCUAUAGGAUUGCUUUGCCACCAUCGUUUGUUAAUCUUCAUGAUGUGUUCCAUGUGUCUCAGUUGAGAAAGUAUAUUCCAGAUCCAUCGCAUGUAGUCCAAGAGGAUGAUGUGCAGGUAAGAGAUAACUUGACUGUUAAGGCGUUGCGUGUGCAGAUAGGAGAUCGUGAGAUGAAGCACACGUGUGGGGAGGACCAGCUUGUGACAGUAUGA